AUGUGGAUCCUUGGGAUGCUGUAUCUUGUACGGUACUUCUUACGAAGGGAGCACAUUUUGUCUUCGUCAGCGUAUAGACCGCACUUGUCUCUUGGUGAAGAGAUCAACGGAUUAAUACCAGAAUUCCCUCGGAAAGCAGUGCAGUUUUGGAGUGACCAGAGCCUGGCAAUCGAUGCAGAGAUUCCUACAUCAGACAGGAUUAAGGAGCUUGGCCGAAACUGGGCCUCGCUAAUACCAGCUGGUGGAGGUUUGAUUCACGUUGCAAACAAUGAAGAAUGCAUUCUACCACCUGGCCAGCCCCUCGAAAACAGCAACGCAUCGCUCUUCUGGAGCAUGUCCGUCUAUCAUCAACUGCACUGCCUGAACGGGAUUCGAAAGGCGCUCAACCAGUUCUAUUUCGGCGAAAUGUCAUCUACGGAACAUCACCAGCAUAUCGAGCAUCAUGAGCAUGUAUACCACUGUGUGGAGUACCUUCGGCAGAUCAUUUUGUGCCAUGGCGACACAGCGCUCGAAGGAUCCCUCGAUGGUCUUCCUGGCACGACUGGUUGGGGAACGACUCAUAUUUGUAAAGAUCAGGAAGCGGUUCGAAGUUUCGCCGAGGAGAAGUGGAGAUGGGCUCAAGCAAAUGUGGUACGGCCAGGUAGCAGAUGA